AUGAACGACACCAAUUCCACACACAAAACCAGCUCCUGUAUCCCCAACAAACAUGUAUUUGAUUAUGGUAAGGACACAUCCUUCAUGUUUUUUGGUGGCUUGGGAGUUAUCGGAAACAUUUUCAUCAUCAUACUGGCGGUCAAGUACACAAAGAGAAAGAACCUUCACUACUUGAUCAUCAACAUGGCGGUUUCUGAUAUCCUCAUAGCAGUGUUGUAUACUACAGAGACCAGUAUAAUUUUCAUCCCAAGUAAAACGCCAGAAGUACUAGCAAUCAUAGUUUGUAAAUCAGUCGACUUCGUUAAAAACACCGCAGAAUUGCUAACAUUGACAACACUACUGAUUAUUAGCAUUGAACGUUAUCGAGCAACGAAAGUCGUCAUUGGCAAAAAGACCUCCUCAAAGCUAAAACUAGUCUGUAUUGCUUGGCUGGUGUCAAUGGCAUUGUCCGGCUUUAAUCUUGUGUUUGGUUAUGCUACACAGUCUGCACCAGGCUUGCCGUUUAGGUGUUCUCAUACCCUGAGUAACGCCGAAAAGGUUUUUGAUGGGUUUUACUUCUUGAAAUCGAUGAGCCUAGUUUUCUUGUAUAUAUCUGUGUUCAUCAUAAGUGUAGUAACCUCUGUAAGACUUUCCAAUUCUAACGCUAUCCAAGAAAAUCUUUCAGAUGAGCAGAGAAGGCGUCGAGCAAGACGCAUAAUGAGCGCUGUUAGAAUGGUACUGUGUUCAUUGCUGGUGUAUUCAAUAUGCUACCUACCUGACUUUGUUGAAGACAGCAUAAAAAGCAUAGAUCCAUCUAUCACAUAUGGAUUAAGCGAAGAAUGCAAAGACUUGCAGUUUUUUCUAAUGCACAUCCUCAAAGUAUUAAAUUCAAGCCUUAGUCCUUUGAUCUAUUUGGUGUUUCUGCAAGACUUCAGAAGAGCGGCAAAGACAUUCAUAUGGGCCACAAGGCCAAACGAUUCAUCACAGGAUAAUAAUAACAUAUAA